AUGGCCCCGGAGUUUGAUAUCACCAGUUCACAGUCAGAGAGGUAUUGCAUCUACUACCUUCUAGCCAGCAUCCUGGCCGCUGUGGAUGAAGGCCGGACUGCCAGACCUUCAAAAUCCUCAUUCAUCUCCUCUCUCAUCUCUAUUCAUCAACUACGACGAAACGCACCCGCAAACAUGAAGUCCUUCUCUGUCUUGUCUUUGCUCGUCCUCACCAGUUCUGCUCUGGCCCUACCCACUCCCGAUCAAUCCGGAGUUGCCGUGGUCGACGAGGCCGUUAAGACCGGCGACUACAAACGAUCCGACGAUCUCAAAGCCCGUUGUGGUCUGGCCCUCUCCCCCGAUCAAGCCGGGACCGAGGAUGCUGCGAAGAUCGCAGCCCGUUGUGCUAUUCCCUGGACUCAGAACUACGGCGAAUAUGAUGACGUCGAGAAGCGCGACGACAGCGAGAACUAG